CCGCGGGUAAACAGACAUGGCUGACGAAGGUGGCGGAGGAGAACCAAACAUGGGGAACCACCUGCAGCUCAUGCCCGCAGAAAAUGAAGAAGAUGAUGAAAUGGAAGUGGAAGAUCAGGACAGCCAAGAAACCAAAAAACCUAAUAUCAUAAAUUUUGACACCAGCCUGCCAACAUCGCAUAUGUAUCUGGGCUCUGAUAUGGAAGAAUUUCAUGGCAGGACUUUGCAUGAUGAUGACAGCUGUCAGGUGAUUCCAGUUUUGCCACAGGUGAUGAUGAUGUUGAUUCCUGGACAAACCUUACCUCUUCAGCUUUUUCGCCCUCAAGAAGUUAGCAUGGUGCGGAAUUUAAUUCAGAAAGACAGAACUUUUGCAGUUCUAGCUUACAGUAAUAUACAGGAAAGGGAAGCACAUUUUGGGACUACUGCCGAAAUAUAUGCCUAUCGGGAAGAACAGGACUUUGGAAUUGAAAUAGUAAAAGUGAAAGCUGUAGGAAGACAGAGGUUCAAAGUGCUUGAAAUAAGAACACAAUCGGAUGGAAUCCAGCAAGCAAAAGUACAAAUCCUUCCUGAGCGAGUGUUGCCUUCAACCAUGGCGGCAAUCCAGUUAGAAUCUCUUAGUAGGUGCCAGAUUUUUCCAUCUUCAAAACCUGGGUCAUGGGAAGAUCGCCGCUCACAAAAGUGGUGGCAGAAAUAUCAGAAGAGGAAGUUUCAUUGUGCAAGUCUGACUUCUUGGCCAUCCUGGCUCUAUUCCUUAUAUGAUGCUGAAACCUUAAUGGAAAGAGUCAAAAGACAACUACAUGAAUGGGAUGAAAAUCUAAAAGAUGAAUCUCUUCCUUCAAAUCCAAUUGAUUUUUCUUAUAGAGUAGCUGCUUGUCUUCCUAUUGAUGAUGCAUUACGAAUACAACUCCUUAAAAUUGGCAGUGCUAUCCAACGUCUUCGUUGUGAACUAGAUAUCAUGAACAAAACUGUUCUGUGUGUGUUUUUUAAGUGUACCUCCCUUUGCUGUAAGCAAUGUCAAGAAACAGAAAUCACAACCAAAAAUGAAAUAUUCAGUUUGUCCUUAUGUGGACCUAUGGCAGCAUAUGUGAAUCCUCAUGGAUAUGUCCAUGAGACACUUACAGUAUACAAGGCUUCAAACCUCAAUCUGAUUGGCCGAUCUUCAACCGAGCACAGCUGGUUUCCUGGGUAUGCAUGGACUAUUGCCCAAUGCAGAGUUUGCUCAAGUCAUAUUGGGUGGAAAUUUACAGCCACUAAGAAGGAUAUGUCACCCCAAAAAUUUUGGGGGUUAACUCGCUCUGCUCUCCUGCCCAGGAUUCCAGAAACUGAAGAUACAGCCAAUCAAGAUAGCUCGCCAUUACUCUGCUUGUAACCUAAUGAUUUGCUUUGGGAACAAGAAACAAAACCAAUCAGUCAGUGUUUCUAAAUCAAAUCUACCUUGGAAGUUAAUUCUUCUUCUGAUGCUUACCGAGAAGCAUCAUUACACUGAGGUUUGCUGUAUGUAUGAGGAAUUGCUACUUCUCUGAAAAACAGUAACUGAAGAUCUGAAUUCAUUGUUGAAGAGGAAGAAAAGAAAUUUAGCAAAUAGGUUUGAUUUCAGGAAUAUCUAUCCUAAGUAACUUGGUAAACUUGCCACUGCCCUGUUGAAUUUGACAUCUGUUUUUACCCAAUUAAGGUUUAAAAACAUUGCUGUUGAAAACAGAAUGUUGCUUAUAGCCUUCAUUUGUGGCAAUAAAUAUUAAAAAUGCAUUUCUUUUUUAGGGAUGUUUGUCAGAGUACGUGUAGCACAUGAAAACGUUUUUCAAAAGUGGCACUGAUGUUUCCAGGUUUGUGUGUGUCUGUACACACACAUGCACACUCACAUGCACACGUGCACACAUACCCACACAUGCACGCACAUACACACACACACACUCUCACUCUCUCUUUCUUUCUGAAUUUCCAUUUUGCUCAACUGUAAAUAUCUUGGUGUGAGACUGGUUGCUCCAUCCUGGUAUUUGUGAUUGUUGUAAUGCUGUUUUAAUAAUGGCAAAAGGCAAUCAGUGGCACUUGCUGCUAAAGCAAGUAAGGUACAGUGUUCCUUUUUUAUAGGGAGAUUGGAUCAUAUAUUAAAAAAGGCUUUUUCCUUUCCAAUUUAGCUUUUCUGCCAUGUUGAUUUGUAAGUCUUUUGAAACAUUGAUGUAAAAUGUACAGUUUGAACUCCCCAAAUAAACUUUCCUCAUUUUCCAAAAAUAUUAGUGAAUUCUGACUCAUGCUGUUAAAUAUAUUUGUUUAGCAUUUGGUAAACUGUUACCCACUUAAUCUUAAUUUGCUGAGUACAUGAAUUAAUUUCCAUGAAGCAAGUUUAAACAAUAUGGGCAUCAUCCUUUUGGCUCAUUUUACAACCUUAAUACUCUA